UGCUACCAAUGCUGCUCUUUCCAUGCGGUGAUUCUUCUGCUGCAGCUCGGAGGGUUCAACGAUCCUCCAACGGAGAUUGGUGCUCGUCUAAGUGCUGAGGCUUUUCGACGUCUGCUGCGCUCCCUCUUCAAACGUCCUCUGCUGAAGCAACAGCCAGUAGAAAAUGCGGAGUGGUCUGCCGUCAUUGGAGCUGUUGCGGAUGCCUUUAACCAGACGGCCCCUCGAGCGCUCCUCGCGCGCGCCGCAGUGCCUCCAGAAGCUCUCCGACUUUCUUUCGGUUUGUAUUUCGAGCGCUUUCCUUGGAGCAACUCGCAGCAGCAACACGACUUGCAGCAGCAGCCGACGAGAGCAGACAGAGACGCUGAAGCUCACGUCUCCAACGCAGUGCUGGAGGGGUUGCUGUACGAGGAAGCCUCUGCAUGCACCGAUGUAGCCUCAGCAGGAGAUCCGCUGCCGCUUGAGGACAGGCAGCUGCUGCUGCGUUGCCUUCCAGAGUCGGUUUGCAGUAGUAGCGCUUCCAGUAAGGCGAUGCAUGCUUCGGGAAGCCCCUUCGAUAACCUUGCCAAGCUACCCUUCGACCCUCAAGACGUAGCCACGCGAUGCGUGGCUCAGCUUCUGCUGAUCGACGUGCUCCAGGUCUCUCUCCGCGCGAAGCUGCAGCGCUGCGGCUUUAUGUCGGAGCUGAAGCAACUUCCAGGCUUGUUGAAGCAGCAGCGGGAGGCAGCCGCUGCUGCCGCAGCUCUGUUGCUUGCUGCUCUCCGUGCGGAGCACUCUCCAGACAGCCUUCUUCGAGCCGAUGGCGAAUGUCUGCCGCCCCUCUCUGCGGGAGACUCAGCGUCGGCAGAGGCGGCAACGGCCAGUGGAGGGGCUCGCCUCAGCGCCUUUGCGAUCUCCCGCUACAUGCGCUUCUGCCGCUGGCACAUUGCGCAGUAUCUGCGCAAGGAGCAGGAGUUGCGCGAGCUAGCCGAGGCUCCGCGGGAUCACGAGUUGCAGCACAGGGACGAUCCUGCAGCGAAGGGGCGAGCCGCGCAAGACGCGUUAAGAGCCGUGCAACAGGCAGAUCUGGCCGAAGGAGCUCGAGCAUUAGCCAGCCUUGCAACCCUCGUUUCGUCUGCAGUUCUUCAAGGCGUCUCGCAACUUCCUGACAGUCUAGUCGAGGAGAACGCCUCUCUCGUUCUGGGAAUGGUGUUGGAGUUGGUGGCUGCGGAGUCACGGGAGCUGCGGGAGGAGUCGCGAAAGACGUUGGAAGCACUUCUUGCGCGCCUGCUCCCUGACCGCUUCACGGCUUUGCGUCUGCUGCCUCCCCGUCGAGCUGCGCAGAAGGAGCUAGCCACGGAUCUUCCGAAGCCGACGGGGUGGUAG